AGGGGUACAUGCCCCUUGUUUUUUCAACAACGGGUAGCUUCAUUUACGUUUUUAUUCUAAAAAAGUUCAUUUCAAAUUAAGCAUCCGUAUGAUUAUUUAUUUAAGUUGCACACAUUUUUUUAUAUUUAUGCAUCUUUGCCCUUUGAAGCAAAGUAUUGUUUUGUUUUUAGUAAGCUGCCCUAUAGGUUCUUCAAAUAUAUUCUCACACUGAUUUUUUUUCUUUCUGUUGUGUGUUUUUUUUUUGGGGUGGGUGGGAGUGGGUGGGGGGUAGUCACCCUACGGAGGAUAAUCAUCUCUAUAAUAUGGAGUGGGAAGAUACAUUUUUCAUGAGCGACAGUGAUGGAUCCAUUCUGCUGCGCCUAAUGUCGACUCCAGUGAUGAAUUGCUACAAAACGGAUUUUUGAAAUCUUAAUGCUCAAAGUUCUCAUCAAUUAUUUGUCAAUGAAGGAUGAGUCGCUACCAAAGAUAGAAGGAUAUGAAAAAAAUUGAGUGUGUUUGAAUUUUUCUGUUUUAUUAUUUUCCUGUAAUAAUCACAAACAAAUGCUCUCAAUGCUCUCUAACUUUGUAACCUGUUAUGUUACUGGAGCAAGGACCAGGAUUAUUACCUGAGCUGAUGGGAAAGCUGUCUACCCACAACUGCUUUGUAUCUUUUUCACCUUUAAUGUGUUGUUUUGCAAGUUAUUGUUGAUAUCAUUAGUCGUUGUCCUUUAUCAAACUGCAGUGUAGGUCAAGUAGGUUUGGGCGCUUCAAUCUAAUCGUCCUCUGUACCUUUAAGGGAACCUCACACCUUUUUUUAGCAAGCAGAUCCAGUUCGAUAUGAGCUAUCAUCAAUUUGUGGGAACCCUUAUUCCCACAGUGGAGCAGAUGAGAAGGCACUAUCGCUAGCGCAAGCAGCCUUCGCCACUAGUGCAGCAUUAGUUAAGCAUCCGCAGGAAGAGGUCACAAUUUUCCUCUGCUGUUAUUUUCUUCUGCAACUUCUUUAUUUCCAGUUGUAUCUCUCUCUCUCUUUCUCUUUAGAGAUGUGCAUGUUUGCAGCUUGUGUUUUUUUGGGUGUCCUUUUAUUUCCACCUUACCCGUGCUUGGAGUGUCCUUUUGGCUGUGAAUGUUUUGCGGCCACCCACACGGUGAAAUGUGUCUCUAAGGAUUUGCUCAUAGUGCCACAAAACAUUCCAGGAUACACCCGGAAUGUCAUCAUCACAGGGAAUAAUAUACAUCAAAUCGGACCCGAGUCGUUUACAGAACUGCAGAAUGUCACUAACUUGAUUUUAAGCAAUAACAGGAUUGCAGAGUUGGCCUCUCACACCUUCGCUGCCCUUCCCUACCUACGCUCCUUGGACCUCAGUGGCAACCAGCUGGCGCUCAUCCAUCCAGAAGCUCUCAGCAUACCUGGAAGCCCUCUUCAGGAGCUCAACCUGAGCCGCUCGCUGCACAAUUUCACCGCCUUGACAGACCUGGCCACAGCUCUUCGAUGGGGUGGACUCUGGGGUCUCAAACGCCUUGACCUUUCUGGAAACCAUUUAGCCCUUCUAUCGCCUGGGAUGUUCUCCCAAGUUCCCAGUUUGAAGCAGCUCUUCCUCAGGAACAACGCUUUGGUGGCUGUCUAUGCAGGGACCUUCUCUGGUAUUAAUCAGCUGGAGAUGCUGGACCUGACACACAAUAACUUUGAGGCCUUCAGGGCUGACGCUCUUCAGGAGCUGGAGAGACUUGGGAGCGCUCAAAUCUUUCUUGGCCACAACCCAUACACCUGUUCCUGUGAGAGCCGUGAUUUUGUGACCUGGCUGAAUAAAACCAAAGGUCGUGUUGAUGUGGAUAUGGUGAGGUGUGCGUCACCAGAGGAAUUGGCUGACGUUCGGCUACAAAGACUCACCGUCCAAGCCGUUGGUUGUGUAGUUCCGGUCCUGGCUGAGGGGACUGACCUCACCUUGCAGACGUCCUAUGUUUUUCUUGGGGUGGUACUGGGUUUUGUCGGCAUGGUUUUUCUCUUUGUGCUCUACCUAAAUCGCAAUGGUAUGAAGAAAUGGAUCAUAGAAACGAGGGAUGCAUGCAGGGACGUUCUGGAGGGCUAUCACUACCGAUACGAGAUAGACUCUGACCCUCGGCUGGGCCACAUCACAGCUGGUGGCGGCAGGCCUCAGAGGCAUCCGGGGCAGGGGCUGUCCCUACAGCUGCCAAAUGACACCUGUAUAAUCCAGAGCCCCACAGAAACACAGGUCUCCCCGGUGGCAACAUCCCCUCCUGUAAAGUCAUGAUCUUGGAAUGUCAUUUUCAAAAGAAUAUGAGAUAGUAGUACAUAAAUAGAAUGUAGUUACAUUUAAAAAGUAAAACUCACAUUCAUUAUCCAGAGUGAUUUGUUUUAAGAGUUUAUUUCUUCAUUUCUGUAUAAUCAUGACUUGGAGACCAAUAAUGAAAUAAUUUAAAACAGCACAACGUUAUAUUAUAUUUGACAGUCAUGUAGAAAACAGCUGAUGUGACAGACAUCCAGCAAGCAGUCAUUGUCCACCCCCUCCGAUCAGGGUGCGUUACAGAAAGGAAGCUGCAAAAGAAGCUGACUGCUUUAUUGAAGCAUAUAAUUGGAAAAUUAGGAGGGAGGAAAAAUUCGGGUCAAGUAAAAAUGCACAAGCACAGAAAUGAUAAAAUCCAGAUUCUAUUUAGAAUCAAGCACAGGUGGGUAGAGUACACAAAUGUUUUACCCAAGUAAGAGUAGGACUACUUUUACAUUUUUUUAACUGAAGUAGUAAGUAGUCAUCCAAGAAAUUUUUCAAGUAACACACUUCAUAAAAUAGCUACUCAAGUGCUAAGUAAUUGUUUUGAUUUAAUGUUUAGAAUGAUGUAAUCCUGCAGACUGUUGUGUGCAAAUUCUGGUAUUGAAAGUAUGAAAUCAAAUAAAAGUAAAUUAAUAGAAUGAUAAUAAAAUCACAAAUUCAGGCAAAAAAAAAUCAACAUAGAGAUAUAAAACCAGUCUUCACUGUAGGUAGUGCGAUAUCAUAUCUACUGUUUACCAUCUAGUCACCUGAUCUCGCAGUGGGGAGCGUACCCUUAAACUGUACUCAGGUAUGUAUAGCAAAAUUUAAGAAUAUUACUUAAGAAGAAAUAAAACAGGCCUAUAGUAAAAUACAACACUCCAAAAAUUACUUUUAAAAAAAAAGUAACUCAAGUGAAUGUAAUUAGUUACAACCCACCUCUGGAAGAAAGCAAAUGUGUGCUACAUUUAGUAAUCAAGGUUUCAAAGUUUGAUGGAAAAGAGGAGAGGAGAUCGACUUCAUUGAGGUUCACACGGUGGUUUCUCAUGUAAUAUGUUUAUUAGAUAUGCCAGUUUUUAUUGUUCACUUAAUUUAAAGUAAUUUUCAAGGAAAUUAAAAGAACUGGGCUCUUAAAACCUACCACUCUGUGUUUAAUGUACCUUUGUACCUGUACAAUAUAGGAGAUGCAUUUUUAAAAAUGAACUACUGAAAUGAAAAAAAGAAAAAUAUUCAGUCGUACUUUUAGAAUUUCAGGAGAUUUAUACUGGCUGUGUGUACGUCCUUUAAAAUUCACCUUUUAAAGUGCCUUUGUGUUUCCUUAGGCACUUGAAUGAUCUAUAAAUCCUUUUCAGCUUUUUAGAUAACCUGUCUUGGUUCUAGUCAUUGUUUACUGUAUUAGCAUUAGGAUUAUGCAUAUAUGGUGCAAUACCACUACAGAUAGCAUUGAUGGCAGCUGAGAAGCAUGGUAAAUGCAUGAAGAAAGCAUAGGAUAAUUCAAUUAUGUAUAACAUUAAUUAUACUAUAUUAAAAUUUUAAAGCAAGAGUUUCUCUAAUUAUGUAAUUUUGUGUCUUUGUUGCACUUAAUUGCCUUCAUUGUGUCAUACUUAGUUAUACAUUAGGAAAACACUAAGUGGCAAUGGCUAUAUAAAAUAGGUAUUUCUGUUCUUUCCAAAAUAAAACAUUUGUUUACUAACCUU